AGCAAAUCGUUUUUUUUUUUAUUGAUGCGAAUAUAUCUCUCUAUCGAUUCAAUCAUCUUCUCUAGUUCCUUGGAUUGAUAGAUAGAAGAAUCAAAGAUGCAAUCAAACCCGAUCUCCGGUGUUCUCCGCCGUAACGGUCGAUUGCCACCGGCGUACUUAGGAUGUUAUCCAUUCGAUUCAGGGAGCGGGUCUGGGAAGGAGGAGAUGAAAGAGGAGGUUAUACGGCUUGGAGUUGAGCUCUCCCUCUAUGUGGCUCGAUCCAUGUUCUUGCUCUCAGAUGACAUCCGUACUGUGUUGUGGUUCUGCUGCGCGUUAUGGCGAUGUGUUAUGUACCAUGACCGCGUCUUACAAAGGGUGCUUCUUGUUAUGAAUCAUGUCUACUCCUAUGGUAUCAAACCCAAGAAUGCUGUCUUUUUGAAUGCUGGCAACUCCGUCCACUGGGAUCUGGUCGCCACCGCUUGGGACGAAUUUGCUGACGGAAUCAUUGUUUUGCAUCGCCUUUUUCUGCCUCUCUGUAGAAAAGACGCCUGCUUUUACGAUGACCGUCUAUUAUCCUCUGCUUUUGCCAAAUACAAGCUUAUCCUCAAGAAUCUAGAUGCUAAACUGAGUUCCUCCCUUUCUGAGGCUAAUGGUUUUGCCAGGGAGGCCUUUGAGUCUAACAUUUUUACCUUGUGGAAGUCUCUCUUCGAUGACGGCGCUGACCAAGCAGCACCUAAACUUAUGGAGAUUCUUACCGACCUGUUUACGCCUCUUCUUAAAACCCCGUUCCAUAGCGGCGUACUCGCACUGCCUCUACGCUCUCCUUACAUUUUAGGCAAGGAUUUUCCAAAGCAGGAGCUGAAAGAGGAGGUUGCCCUACUUGGAGUUGAGCUCUCUCUAUAUGUGGCUCGAUCCAUGUUCUUGCUGUGUGAUGACAUUCGUAGCAUGUUACGCUUCUGCUGCAAGUUAUGGAUAGGUGCAAAAGGAGACGAUAUGAUGAUGAUUCCUGACAGUCCCGUGGUGGAAAGGCUGCUUUUUUCUAUUCAUUUUGUCUACUCAAAACAUAUCAAACCCAAGCAUGGAGGAUAUCAGCGGAAUGACGGCAAAUCGGUCCGAUGGGAAUUGAUCAGGACGACUUGGGAGAAUUUUGAUUCUGGAAUCAGAGAUCUGGAUCGCCUUGUUUUGAUUCUCAGAGUGAAAGGAAGCUGUUUUAAUGGCCGGGAGUUGACGUCUAGAAUUGAAGGAGCACUGAAGAAGGUAGAUGACACGUUGAGAUGUGCCAAGGCUGUUUCAGAGGCGAAUGGGUUUGCUAGAGAAGCCAUGGAGCCUGACAUUCAGGACUUGUGGAAGUCUCUCUUUGACAAAGAAGCUAAGCAAGUGAUAAACCAUGCUGUUCUUGUGGACCUGUUUCUCCCUCUAUGUAUCGAGGCAGUACCACAUUAAGUAGUGCUAGUGCUGUUUUGUUAUUUUGCCUUAGAUUUUCUCAUUUUUUACUGAGACUGAGGAGCAUACUGUAUAUAUAAAAAAUUAAGUUAUUUGCUUCUCUCUGUAUAUGGAGAAAAUGAUUAACGUCUAGAGGUAGUCAGAUUUUGUCAAGA